AGUUGUGAAAGCUGAGAGUGACGUCUUCGGUGAGUGGUCAUUCCUCUCACUAGGUCAGGUUUGGUCCAGGAAUAUGUGGAAAAUCCAUUUUGUUCUUCUCUGCUUCGUCGUUUCGGCCUUCGGAGACGAUGACCGUGGCGCAUGGGCUAGCGCCCAGGCUUCUGCUAUAGCGCAGGCUAAUGGAGCGGGUGGCUUAAUUCCUCAACCUCCAUCAGCUCAACCAUUGUAUUCAAAAUGUACGCAAGAAGGGGACAUGUUCUACAUGCCAGGCCUAAGUGAUUGCUACAUUUGUGCAUGCUACACAACACCUUUCGGAACCCUUUACCCCAAGUGCGCUGCUUGCAGCAGAUGUGGUGCAGGUUAUGGACCCCUUCCUCCAUACCCAGGACCGCAGCCGUUGCCUCCCAUAUCUCCUACCCCUCCGUAUAGCCCAUGUCCACCUCCCAUUGUUAUUCCAGGACCACCAAGACCUGUUCCAGUACCUAUGCCCAUGCCAAGUAGACCUAUUGUCAUCCAUGUCCCAGUACCAGUACCAUCACCACCAGAGCGGAUAUACGUGCCCGGUCCUCCAAAACCAUUCCCAGUAGAGCGUCCAGUACCGGUUCCAUAUCCAGUUAAUCGUCCAUACCCCGUUCCAUCACCACCAAAAAUACUUCCAGUACCUAUGCCAGUACCACAGCCCAUUCCAGUUCCAGGACCUGAAACAGAAAUCCCAGUACCUUACCCAGUUCCAUCUCCUAGUAUACCCGUGCCAAUUCCAGUUCCUGGACCAGUCAGAGAUGUUCCUGUACCCGUACCAGUUCCAUCGCCGCCAGUACCAAUGCCUUUCCCGGUUCCCGUUAAUAGAUAUAUUACUAUUCCAGGAAGAGACCGCUUAAUCCCAGUACCAGUACCAUACACUCGCACUAAGAUCUACCCUGUCCCAGUAAUCAUCUAUGUCUCACCCAUAUGCAGAGGGCAACCACCAUUAACGCCAUUCCGUAAUCCAGGAGAUCCAUGCACAAUCUAUAUAUGCAAGGUUAGAUACAACUACGUGUACAUCGAAACAGCUCGCGACCCGAUGUGUGAUUACAAUCCUUCACCCUACCCAAGUCCUAUCUGGGGAGGGUCAUCAGCAUCCGCUCAAGCAAUUGCAAACGCAAACACCUACGGAGGCAUCGGAAGUGCAAAUGCUGCUGCCAGUGCUGACGCAAGUGCAAUUUCUGGUGGCUGGAAUGCAGGAGAUUAUGCAAGUGCUCAGGCCAAUGCUGAAGCCGUUGCUAAUGCUGGUUUGGGUGGUAUUGGUGGUAUCGGUGGAUUAGGAGGGUUAUAUCCUGGUGACGGAUACAGCAACGCUCAAGCAAGUGCUGAAGCCGCUGCUAAUGCUGGUUUUGGUGGUCUGGGUGGUAUCGGUGGAUUGGGAGGAAUUUAUCCACGCGGUGGAUAUAGCAAUGCCCAAGCUAAUGCUGAAGCAGCAGCUAACGCCGGCAUACUUAGAUAUAGUGGCCUUUAUCCUGGUGUUGGUUAUAGCAACGCUCAAGCAAAUGCCGAAGCUGCAGCUAAUGCUGGACUAGGUGGAUAUGGAGGAAUUUAUCCAGGAAGUGGUUAUAGCAAUGCUCAAGCAAAUGCCGAAGCUGCAGCUAAUGCUGGAAUGGGUGGAUAUGGAGGAAUUUAUCCAGGAAGUGGUUAUAGCAAUGCUCAAGCAAAUGCCGAAGCUGCAGCUAAUGCUGGAAUGGGUGGAUAUGGAGGAAUUUAUCCAGGAAGUGGUUAUAGCAAUGCUCAAGCAAAUGCCGAAGCUGCAGCUAAUGCUGGAAUGGGCGGAUAUGGAGGAAUUUAUCCAGGAAGUGGAUAUAACGACGCACAAGCGAAUGCGGAAGCUGUAGCUAAUGCUGGACUCGGAGGCUAUGGUGGAUUAGGAGACUUCUCGAGUGCUAGUGCGGAAGCUCUCGCUAAUGCUGCAAAUGGAGGCUAUGGUUCUGGGGGCGGUUGGUCAAGUGCCGAUGCUUCCGCUAAUACCAAUGCUUAUGGAGGACUUGGCGGCCUUUACGGAGGGUUAGGAGGCUCUUCCCCAUCAAUUGACGCCCUAGGAAAUGCAGCUAUUGGUGGGUGGGCCAAAAGCGGUGCUGAUGAAUAAAAUCAGGCAAACAAUCACUUAGCAGGACUACUGGAAGAUGACACGGCGCUCUCAUGGAUACUGAUGAUAUAAUUAUUAAGAAUAAUAACAUUGUAAAUAUGACAAAACUUACGUUUCAUACUCAAUAAAUUUAGUGGGAAAAUA